GACAGUAUGCGUUGAAGAUGCGCGCCGUGCGUUUACCUCAGUGAGCCACAUUUAAGAACUAUAUCAAGAACUAUUUCGUUUCAUCCAGAGGCUGGAUAUUUCAGACCGGACGCUUUUAUUACGGCGAGAAGAGCCCAGCUUUACUUGCAAAUGCUUGAUUUUUCUUCACUGAUCUUUUCUCAGUGUUUUAUACGGAUUUAGUUUCUUUCUUUCUGGACUAAGGCCAGCUGAAAUACCUUCAUACAAGAAAUUUACGCUUGUUGAGAGAAAUCUUCAGUGGACAAGGCACCCACGUCUUGCUCGACUGGGAAUAUCAGUGAAUUGUGGACUGGACUGAUAUUUAAUUAAUAUUGGUUUUCCACAUUGUUCCAGUUUCAAAGACCGUUUCCCUUUUUUUUCGGAAUCUCUGUUGUUUCAGUUGGAUAUGUGCAUGGACAUAAAUGCGGAUCAAGGAGGAGACAUCCUAACUUCACAUUAUUAUAUGGAUUGAUUGAGCACGAACGAUGUUUUAAACUCAAUUUCAGGCGUUUCAAGUGUUCGUCACGAAUCAUGAUACCGAGAGCAAAUAUUUUUGAAUUGGAUCCUUCCUUUCAUUCAUUCACAAGUUGAGGACCUUCCAGCGGACAUUUAGCCUACAUUUUUACUGAAUAAAUAUUUUUUUUCACUGGCUCAAAAUGGUCGGUUUACAUCUCGGUUACCCUGAAUUACGCAAAUGUUCAUGUUGAAGCCAUGUUUUUCGUUCACAAUGUUUUCACAUUCUCUAUAUGAAGAAUUAUUCACCAGUUUUCUUCGUAUUUCCCCCCCCCAAAAAUAAUGGAAGACAUGGGUGGCCUGAUAAGAUUUCGAUAAAGUAAAUGGAAGUUAUCAACUGCGUAAUCAGUAAAUCAGAUGAAUAUCAUCGCAGAUAUAAACAUUUUGUUCAUUUUAAAGGAUGCCUACCAGACUGUGAAUUUAUUCCUUUGACUUAUUGGGAGUUUUUUUUGUACGUCCGACCGAACGUGCAUAAGUUUAAAUGUUAAUAAAAAAUCAUGCAAAUGAGCGUGUGAAGGCAGACAUCAACAGGUAUAAUGCAUUCCAAGGACAUGGAUUUCUUACAAAUGUUUUUCUGCUUUCUCUUGUGCUGGACUGGAGUCGAUGCCGUUUACAAUUUGAAAUACACCGUGGAAGAAGAGCUGCGUGCAGGCACAAAGAUAGCCAAUGUGACGGCGGACGCAAAAAAUGCGGGUUUUGCACUGGGAAACCGACAGCCUUAUUUGCGGGUUAUCUCCAAUUCCGAGCCGCGAUGGGUUAAUCUGAGCCCCGCAGGACUGCUCAUCACAAAGCAAAAAAUUGAUCGGGACGCUGUUUGCCGACAGACAGCGAAGUGUUUUAUUUCGUUGGAGGUGAUGUCAAACUCGAUGGAGAUCUGCGUGAUUAAAAUUGAGAUUAUCGACGUAAACGACAACGCGCCCCGCUUCCCCACCAACCACAUUGACAUAGAAAUCUCGGAAAACGCCGCUCCCGGUACCAGAUUUCCCCUAGAGGGGGCAAGCGAUCCGGACUCCGGGAGCAACGGCAUUCAGACGUACACAAUUACCCCUAAUGAUAUUUUCGGUCUUGAGAUUAAGACGAGGGGGGACGGGUCCAAAAUCGCAGAACUUGUGGUGGAAAAGACUUUAGACAGAGAGACGCAGUCUCGUUACACGUUUGAACUCACCGCGGAGGAUGGUGGAGACCCCCCAAAGUCUGGGACCGUGCAACUUAACAUCAAAGUCAUUGACUCGAACGAUAACAACCCCGUUUUCGAUGAGCCAGUAUACACUGUAAACGUGCUGGAGAAUUCUCCCAUAAGCACCUUAGUCAUAGACUUGAACGCCACGGACCCAGACGAAGGAACCAAUGGCGAGGUGGUCUACUCGUUCAUAAACUUCGUGUCCAACCUGACAAAACAGAUGUUUAAAAUCGACCCCAGAACAGGCGUGAUAACAGUGAAUGGCGUUUUGGACCACGAGGAAUUGCCCGUCCACGAAAUUGACGUACAAGCCAAAGAUCUGGGUCCAAAUUCAAUCCCUGCCCACUGCAAAGUGAUUGUUAAUGUAAUCGACAUCAACGACAACGCGCCAGAAAUCAAACUGUUGUCAGAAAACAGCGAGAUGGUAGAGGUGAGCGAAAACGCUCCUCUCGGAUAUGUAAUAGCUCUGGUGAGAGUCUCAGACAAUGAUUCGGGAGCGAAUGGAAAAGUGCAGUGCAGACUGCAAGGCAAUGUGCCUUUUAGACUCAACGAGUUUGAGAGCUUCUCCACCUUACUUGUUGAUGGCCGACUGGAUAGGGAGCAGAGAGACACGUACAAUUUGACCAUUCUAGCCGAGGACAGCGGAUACCCCCCGCUUAGAAGCUCGAAAUCCUUUGCAGUGAAAGUAACAGAUGAAAACGACAAUCCCCCGUACUUCACCAAGCCACACUAUCAAGCCAUGGUCCUCGAAAAUAACGUCCCAGGUGCGUUUCUGCUGGCGGUGUCCGCCAGGGACCCUGACCUGGGCAUGAACGGCACCGUGUCCUACGAGAUCAUUAAAUCGGAGGUGCGGGGCAUGUCUGUGGAAUCUUACGUGACCGUGAACUCAAACGGUGAAAUAUACGGCGUUAGGGCUUUUAAUCACGAAGAUACGCGGACCUUUGAGUUUAAAGUCUCUGCGAAGGAUGGGGGAGAUCCACCUUUGACCAGCAACGCCACCGUGCGCAUUGUUGUACUGGAUGUAAAUGACAACACACCUGUGAUGACCACCCCGCCCCUGGUGAACGGCACCGCGGAGGUGUCCAUUCCUAAAAAUGCUGGAGUUGGUUAUUUGGUUACACAAAUAAAAGCUGAUGAUUACGAUGAGGGGGAAAAUGGAAGGUUAACGUAUUCAAUUUCAGAAGGAGACAUGGCAUACUUUGAAAUAGACCAGAUAAACGGCGAGGUGCGAACCACAAAGACGUUUGGGGAGAAUGCGAAACCAUCCUAUCAAAUAACCGUGGUGGCGCGUGAUCACGGCCAAACUUCUCUAUCUGCCUCUGCCUAUAUUGUCAUUUAUCUCUCUCCUGAUCUCAAUGCACAGGAGCAAAUCGGACCCGUCAACCUGUCUCUCAUUUUCAUCAUUGCCCUGGGUUCUAUUGCAGUCAUCCUGUUUGUCACAAUGAUCUUUGUGGCAGUCAAGUGCAAAAGGGAUAACAAGGAAAUCCGAACAUACAACUGCAGUUUCUUGUACCUGCGCAGGGUGGCGGAGUACUCCUACGGCAACCAGAAGAAGUCCAGCAAGAAGAAGAAGCUGAGCAAGAACGACAUCCGUCUGGUGCCGCGGGACGUGGAGGAGACGGACAAGAUGAAUGUGGUGAGUUGCUCGUCUCUCACCUCUUCGCUCAACUACUUCGACUACCACCAGCAGACUCUGCCGCUGGGCUGCAGGCGCUCCGAGAGCACCUUCCUCAACGUGGAGAACCAGAACUCCAGGAAUGCCGCACCCAACCAUGGCUACCACCAUACCUUCACAGGGCAGGGCCCUCAGCAGCCUGACCUCAUCAUCAACGGCAUGCCGCUGCCUGAGACGGAGAAUUAUUCCAUUGACUCCAGUUAUGUAAACAGCAGAGCACACCUAAUUAAAAGCACGUCAACAUUCAAGGACAUGGAAGGAAACAGUCUGAAGGACAGUGGCCACGAGGAGAGCGACCAAACCGACAGCGAACAUGACGUUCAGAGAGGGCACUACGCCGACACAGCUGUCAACGACGUACUGAAUAUGAACGUACCCCCCAACAACUCGCAACUACCUGACCAAGAUCAGUCAGAGGGUUUCCACUGCCAAGACGAAUGUCGUAUCCUGGGCCACUCGGACCGCUGCUGGAUGCCCCGGGUGCCGAUGCCAGCGAGAGCAAAGUCUCCUGAACACGGCCGCAACGUCAUCGCUCUGUCCAUCGAGGCCACCACUGUGGACGUACCUCACUACGAGGACUGUGGCACCAUCAAAAGGACUUUUGCCACCUUUGGCAAAGACGGGUCGGAUGAGGAGCGGGCCGAACAGAGGGGCAGGCGGCAAACGGCGGAGCCGGCCGUCUGCAGCCCAAAGAUCAACGGCACUGUGCGUGAUGCCGGAAACGGCCGGGAGGCCGUCAGCCCCAUCACCUCCCCAGUGCACCUGAAGAGCCCCCAGUCCAAACCACCCUCCACCUACAACACGUUGAAAUGCCGGGACGCAGAGCGCAUAGCCAACCACAGCCUGCUGCGGCAGCCGGAGGGGAAGGACAGUGAGCCGGCCAUGCGGGAGAUCAACACGCUCCUGCAGGACGGCCGUGAGAAGGAGUCCCCCGGCAGCAAGCGGCUGAAGGACAUCGUGCUUUAACUGGCUCCCGCGUGUACAAAGAGCACAUACACUACUACGAGUGUGUGUCGACAUGUGCGUGUGUGUGUAUUGGUGUGCUUUUGCAAGCGUCGAGCCGAACGGACCCAGGGAAGGGAGACACAUGUGCAGCACAACGUAUUCUCCAGAGAUCGAACAAAUGAAGCUGAAAAUGUGUCUGCGGGCUCAGACUGUCAUCGUGGCUUGGUAGUAACAGCAACGCUUGUACGUUCUUUGCAGUCGUCUAUCCGCAGGGGACAGGCUGGUUACUGUGUGCUGCGCAACGCGCUUCAUCCUGCCCUCACGUCUUACCCUUAGAGGAGAAAGGCCUUCCAGUGCACCGCUGGUGACACCCAAGUACAGUCAUGCCUUGUAGACUCUAAAGAGACUUCUAACUUUCUUCUAAUGCCUUCUUUG